UUCCAAACCUUGACAUGACCUUUGGGGCGCAAUGAAGGAAACUGAGGCGGGGUUCUGCUUCCGAGCUCCUCUCCCUGUUUGUGACUUGGAUGAUGACGUACCGCUUUAUCCUGACGCGAAACGAUUAAAGUUAUGGUAAAGAUAACGUUUUUGGCUCUAGAAGUGCUUUUUUCCCAGCUCAUCUCGUGUCUCAAGUGUUUACGAACGAAUCUUCAAUCGGAAUUGUCGGGAUCUUAGUGGGAAAGACAAAAGCAACAACAUCACAACUUACAACGGUUCUUCCUUUAAAAAUCUAGUAAGAAGUUCAAACUGACUGUAUUUUUGGUUUGUCAUCUCUCAUUUUGCGAGUAUUCGCAUCACAUACAAUCUCGGUAGAAAUUUAUGUCUUUCUAUCAGCCUCAAUUUCUAAAACAUUACGUAUCUUUAGAUUUUAUCUGUAAUUUCGAAAGAUUUAAGUCGCUUGCAGAAAUCACCAGUGGUGUGAUUUUGUUUUCCGAUCCUGGCUUUGAUGAUAUUCGUUGUCAUUCAGGAUGAAUUCUUACUUAGUAUCCUUUUCACAAACAAAUAUAAGGUUUUGGAGUAGUAUAGUAAUACCCGUCAGUAUGUAUCUGUGUCUUAUCAUCCAGUAAAUUUUGAACACUGGUUUACAGUUUACCCCCUGUUUUGUUUGAGCAUCAUCCUAAACAGCCAAUGCGUCAGAUUUCUUUCUAGCAGAGGAUCUACAGACUACUUUACAGUUAUUGAUUUGAUUACUAACUUAACUCUUUAACCGAAUUGUAUUUAGUAUUAAUUAAUUGCAAGUAUAAUGUGGCUGAUUUUGGAGUAACAUUUGUAACACCGUGAUUAUCCAUUGGACGAAAUAUAUAGGUAGUUUUUUUUGAUAAAUUUGUUAUUUUGUAGAUAUGGCUUAUCAAAACAUAAAGAUCAUAUGUGUCCCAUAGAGUUAACCUUUCAGCCUAGCUAAACUCCUACGUAAUAAGUCAACCCCCAGAUCAUAAGUAAUGAAUUUUUCUUUCGGUAAUUUAACUAUAUCCAUUCCAAAUCGCUUUUCGGAACUUACAGUUUCCUAUUGUUAUUCUCUUAUUUUCCGACUUAUUUAUCGAGCGAGACUAUAAUUUAUGGACGACCUUUGAACGAAUCUUAAGUGACCUUAAGAAAUAUUAGUCAAUCAGCAAACAGUCACCAUAGAGUAAAAAUCUAUUAUACAAAACCAAAGAAAUAAAGUAGAUACACUUAUUAUACAUGGUUCUAAAACUUGCCAACGUAAGAAAGGGGUUCGGAGGUUCUAAAAUCGUAGUGCAUGCAGUAGAAGAAAUCAUCCAUAUGGCUAUAAAAUGACCGGUCUCUGGAACCAUGAUAAGGUCGCAAAAACUUUCAGCCCCGACCACAUAGCUCCAAUAUCGUUUGUGUGCACUCCAGUUGUUGAGUACACAAAAUACUACAUGUGGAUAACGACACGAUACACAUAAUCAAGCCUAUGUAGGAGUCUGUACGCUCCAAACAUCCGCAUAUAUUGUAGUACCUAGCUGCAGCCAGUGUUACUUGUACUUUUACUAUCCAGUUCGCAAUAAUUGUCAUAAUUUGCUUUAGUUAGGAUUUAUAUAUAGGGUUUUCAUCACGAACUGACGUCAGCUAUAAUGCCAAAAUUCUGUUUAGCCAAAUGAAUGAAAGACGUUCGCACCAAAAUCCGUGAUCUGUUAUCUUAUAACUGAUUGAUUCGUUCACAAGUUAUAGUCUCGCUAUUUUAUUUGUUAUAGCCGCUCAAUUAUCACGUUUUGCAUAAAAUCCUCUGUAAACCGAUCAUACGUUAGCACUAAGUACUGAAGUUGAUUCUAUGAUCUUGGAACCCCUCGAACACUUCUGAUUGGCUCGUCCAUAGAUUAGAGUCUCGCAGUUUAUCGUAUUAACUUUGAUGUCCUCAUCCUUCCUUUGUUUCUUGUGCAUCCGAGAAGUGCGAUAACUUGGACCACAUCUUAUUUCCGUUAGAUGUGAUUUGUGCGAUGUACUUGUCGAUGUAUAAAAAUUAGCCUUCAAGGUUGGUUUUUCCCGAACGUUAUCACUUAUGAAACUCAAAAAAGACACUAGGUUUCCCACCACUUCACAUCAAUAUUUAGUUCAUGUCUCCGUUUAAUCUAUAUCAGGAUGAUAUUUAUGCAAGGCAUCGUAAUAUUUUUUUAAUAUGGUGCAGCCCAGUAGUCAAGAAAAUGGUAUGGCAAACUUUUAGUCAUCUAGGGAAAAUAGAGAUGACUUGCGUAGUGGAGCGGACAGAUGGAAUCCAAAAAUAUAACUUGACCAAGUUUCGCAUAUGUAAACCACAGGAUGUAUGUAUGCUAAAUAUAAUAUUCAUUUUUGUUUGCAUCUGAAACAUAAAAUACGUUGAUGGGUAAUCCACUAUGACUGUCAGUUCACGCGAAUUGUGAUUAUUUUCAUUUGUCUUCAGAUGCUGUUUCAGAGUGAAUCUAAACUAUGCCAAGUAAUUCUGAAAUCCAGUUUUGAGUUUAAGAAAGGAAAAUAACUAAUAUUUUAGAACUUUUUUGAUUGUAAAGAUUUACAAGCUGAUAGUUUAGUUUCCAUUUUGAUUUUAUGCGUUUGCUUUUUUUAAAGACACUUUCGAUCAAGUGUUCACUUGUACAUGAUAUCUAAAAGCAUAUGGUCUUAUGUGUGGUGCCAAGUAUCCAAAAGUUAGUCAACGUUCAGGUAACUCAUCAUCAUCAUCACUGCACUUACUAACUCUUCCAAAUCUACUACAUCGCUACACCUUAAUCUGUUGCAUUAUUUUCCUGCUUUGAUCGUUUGCUGUCAUCAUCUAGUGAUUAGAAAGAUGUUAAAUAAUGGAAAGUAAUCCGCUCAAACUCAAAAUAUUUCUUCACGUAUUUAUCAUGCCAUAUUCUCAGCAUCCCCUAACGGUAAAUUCUGUUUCAGCUACCAUCCGUGAGUUUGAAGGCAUUUAAUCGGCCUGGUGAUGUUUGUCAUUAUUUCCUACAAAGUUUUGUAUCCGAUAAUCGUAUUUACUCGCAAAAAAUGAAGCAGUCAUCCGUUUUCAGCUCUACUCCGUUUAGUGGUCACACAAAGUCAUCUCUAGAGAAAAAUCACAUCUCAUCUGAAAGGCAGAUAUAUCAACGGUUGUUAGAUAAGGCGUCAUCAUUUUCCCGAACUCCUACUGGCAAACCUACGAAUAAUGCAUGUGGUCCCAUCACUAUAAAUCUUGACGAAAUUAAAGAUAAUCACUAUUCUUUAUUGCGGCAAUGUAAUCUUUCUCCAAUUCUUCCGAGGAACCGAAUCCAGCGAAUUGACGACGCUAGCACAAAUAAUCAAACUGUCUCUAUCCCAUCUUCAGAUACCAGUGAUUCGAAAACUCGUGCGUGGCUUGAAAGUAUUGCAGAAUCUCCCUACUUAUCGGAUAACUGGCUUAACAACUUGACCUCAAGCUAUCAGGCUAAAAAGAAUGGACGUGAACGUGACUAUGAGUUGGCGAGAGCAAACAUACGAUUUUGGGAGAAGCAGCGUGCUUCAGCUGAAAAAGAGCGUAUUGACAAUCUUGAACAGAGACUUGCUUGUUUACUAAGAACACCUCCUAUUCUGGAAGAUCCAUAUUUAGUACCUCAACCUAUUCCCAUUGAACUGCCAUAUAAACCUGUCAAAGUUAAAGAACCCAAAGUACCAGCUCUUCCUGUUUUAACUGCACCUCAACUAGCUGAGAUUGAAGCAGCUCUUCGUACUGGUUCUCCAGAUGAAGUACUUGUAGAUAAAUUUAGAUUAGUUAUUACGCGUCGUGAAUUAAUGACAUUAACUGGAACAAAUUGGUUAAGCGAUAUGGUAAUCAAUUUCUACCUACAAUUGUUACAACAUCGAAGUCAACAUCAAACAAAUCUUCCUCGUAUCGCUGUUUUAUCAACAUUUUUUUAUGCAAAGUUAACAGCACCAAUAGGUGGAGGUUAUUCAGGAGUACGACGUUGGACACGACAAUCAAAAUUAUUUGAUCAAGAUAUUGUACUUAUCCCAAUUCAUGACAGAGGAAUGCAUUGGUGUUUAAGUUGUAUUGAUUUACGUGUCAAAACGAUAACAUAUUACGAUUCCAUGGGUUCUGGUAACAUGAAGUGUUUGGAACAGUUAAUGUAAGUUUUACUUUUCUGCUGUAUAUCACUGACUGAAGGCUUUAUGUGUAUAAUCAGAAUGGGUUUUGUGGAGAGUUUUAUAAAUUUCACAGGUUGAAAUCAUGAGUCGAUUGAAGGAGUCCCAUACUAGGACGAAACGGAUGUCCAGUGCUUCCCGGUUUUCCAUGGUGGUCUAGUUUCAAUCGACUCAUGAUUUCAACCUGUGAAAUUUUUGUGUAUAAAUUAUUUUUCAAGAAAGCCUCACUAAUUUCUAUCGAAUAGUUUCGAUGUGCUUUGCCUAUGAAUCUAUUCCAGGCUUUUAGCUUGUUAGUUCGGUAAUCCAAUGUUUAGAAAUAGAAAAAUUCAGCACAAUAGUAUUUUGUAGUUUACAUUAAGGACUAUCCUCAGUUAGAUAAUUAUUGAAUAUCAGGGGGUACUGGAAGUUGUUUCAUUCGGGUACAGGGACUACUCAUCAGUGCACAUUCACCACCACACCGGGCACCGAACCUAGAUCUUUCUGUUGUCUGGAUUCUAGGAGACAACUAAUGACAUUUAGAGUUCGACCAUCUUAGGUGCCCAACAGUAGCAUUAAAAAAUAGCUGAGCAAUAUUGCGGAUUGAUUUAAGUUAAAGACUUGUAGAUAGUUUUAUGUUGACUUAGUGGUAAGGCCGUUGCUGUGAAACCUUAUUUUAUUUAUUUAUUUGAACAUAUAAAUACUGGCACAAGGGGGCGCCAGUUACAUCUGCGCCACACAAAUCUCAUUUGAUAUGUGUGAGUGCUGUGGUACUGCCCGGGUGCCCAAACCGAAGCACGUAUGUGAAACCUGACAGUUCUGGGCUCGAUCCUCGAUGGUGUCGUGGAUGCACAGUCCUGAGGAUUCAUAUACUAGAACGGAACGUCUUUAUAGUGCUUUCUGGUUUUUAGUGACUUUAACUUAAGUCAUUUCAUUAUGUAAAUUUUAAACUUCAAUAAUUUCCAUAAUCUUUAUUUAAUUAUAGCAGUUUUCGUCUAGUCAAACUUAUACUUUUCUCAGCCUCCCUAGUCGUAAAACUUAAUGGUCAGACUCAUUGGUUGUGUUGAUAUUAUCUCAUCUACCGUUAAGGUGACAUGUAAAGCGACUUACUUCUGACGAAUUCCGAGCAAAAAUAGGUAAGGCGUUUAUAGAUGAUGAUGAUGAUCAUAUAGCUCAUCUCUCUAUCGUAUUUUUUUGUGAUCUAGGUACAUUGUGCGUCACAAACAAUAGCACUGAAACCCAUAAAAUUUCUUGUAAGCAAUGUCUAUAUCGAUCGUUAUCCAGUGAAUGUUUGUGACGAUUGAUCUUAUAGACCUUUUGCGAUUACGUAAUAGCCGACUUUUAACCACAAACCUAAACGCCUCUCAGCUUUUACAACAAUCAAUUUUUGUUUUUACUAGAUAAAACGAAGUUUACUAUUCCGAAACCCAUAUAUGGGAGGGUGCGUGUACUACUCGAUCCAAGUGAUGAGAAAAAAACUGGUUAAUAUAGAUUUAUUUGAUCAGUGGGAAUAACCAAUUAAUAUGAUCAAUAAACAUACAGGAUUCGUACUUUUAUUCUUUAUUGACAACUAAACAGAUCUGAUUAAACAUUGACUCAAUAGAAGUUAACGUAGCUCAGUUAGUUUUAAUAAUCGUAUGAUUGGAAUGUUACAAUCGAAUAGCACAUUGACUACUGAGUCACAUGCUUAGUUCCUUUUACCCAAAAUCCUCGUGCCUAUAACAAAAACCUUUAACUAUUCUUAAUCUUAAACAAAUAUAUUACGAAUGAAUAGUUUUCUUUUAAGUUUAUGUAUAAUCGAAUUCUUGUUCGUAAUCUACUCUUUUUUUUCAAAAUUGUUUUCUGGAAAGGGAUUAUUUGAAAAAUGAAUCAUUAGACAAAAGAAAUGUUGAACUGCCAGAUCCGGAUUCUUGGAAACUCGUUAAUACAGAGGUAAUUUAACUCUUACUUAGUGUUGACUAUCACUAUGUUAGUUCGUUUCAUGAUAAAUUUAAAUAAUCAUUUGAUCUAUGUUCACAAUAAGUUGAAUGUUCCAGAGAGUUGAUAGUUUGCUGGUCAACUCACUUAACCCCCAGCAGUUUUUGUCGCAGGUCCAAACCCCAUCCUACCUACUUUGGUUUGAGCGACCGGGUAGUAUCACUAGCUCUUACGCGUAAGCUGAAGCCCACAGCCAAGGACACACAUCUGUACUUGGUAAAUGAGUUGCAUUAUCAAUUCGGUUUUAUCGGUCGGAUAAUAUCAGUUGUUUUGAAUCGUUUGACAAGUACUUGCUAUAAUCAACAUGUAUCUCUGAGAAGUUGAACUUGCAUAAAUAAGUAAAGGUUAGUAGUCGACAAGUAUAGAACGUUUUAAUGUCUGAUGUUUCGCGACUGAGUUAUUUGAUUACUUAGCUUUUAUGUGUUCUUCAGAUGUUCUUAGUAAUGUCUUAAGAGUUCAGUUAGUUUGUCUUUUUGUUUCUGGAUGGUGAAAAGUUGCUUAGUUUUUUCUGUAUGUGACAAGAACAUGAUAUUCUGUAAAAAUGACUGCUCUCAAUGUCAAACUCAUGCUAUAAACCAAAUUGCAUUAGUUUAUACUAUCAUAUAGUUCAUUGUUCAAGGUAUACCAUUGUUAUCUUUGAAGUAUCCAUCGUCCUGAGAAGCACAUUGAUCAUCGUAUGAAAUGACUAUUGUUUAAUUAUGAUAAUGAAAAAUUGAAUAUACAGCCUCACUUUUAAAUAGAGUAAAAAUCAUCUUCUAAUUACGAAAAUACUAAUUGAUCUAGUUCUAUGAAAAGCUGUACAAAAUUUUGAGUUGUCUGAUAAUCUAAUUAAUUCCUCAAAGUUAUACGAAUUAAUUAAUUAAUCUAGAAAUUACCUUGGUAACUUAUCUUGUUAAUCUCAUCUCACUAUGUUUAUGUGGUAUAAAAACAUUGGCCAAUACGCAUAUAUGCCAUAUCCAACGUUGUUUAUGCCUUGCCUACAAAUGCCCUGGUACGGCCGAGAGUAGGGAGAAUCCGCUCUCCCUCUCGAAAUGCUCUAAUAUUGUCGUGGACACAGCCACUACCAGAGAGGUCUUACUCAUUGCCUUCUCGUGGCAAGGGUGUUGUUCACGAAAUUGAGAGGAUGAAAGGCGAAUGUCCAGCUCUUUAAUCGGGUUGGUGGAAUCGGAGGAUCCAUCUAAGGCAGUUGGAAAACCCUGAUUCCAAACCAAUCGUGCAUAUGGGCUCCAGGAUCGUGAGGUAACAAAUGGCGUAUGAACCAAUUCUUGGUCACCGACUACCAUGGGACUGCAUCUCCUAACGUUGCUCUGCUGCCUUUUAGAUUAGACAUUUAGGUCUAAGGCUCGGUGUGUUGGGCCACCUAAGAAAACCACCUGAUUCGGUUUAGGCGCCCAAUCAGUAUUUUUGGCCAUACUCAGAUCAAAUCAUUCUUGUGCGGUGCACAUAUAUCUGGUGCCCCCUUGUACCAAUGUUUAUGUGCUCAGAUAAUAAUGAUAAUACAACCUAUCAUAUAAUUGAGUUACAUUUAAAAUAUUUAUUUCAAGGACACCGUGCCUCAGCAGUACAACGGUUCCGAUUGUGGCGUUUUCCUCUGUACAUUUGGUGAAUUCAUCUCUCGUGAUGCUUCAUUUACAUUUAGUCAGGUAAUCUAUUCAUUUUCAAAUUGUUAUCCAAUUUUCACAAAACCAUGUAUGUGUAUGUUUUGUUAAUUUAUCAUGUUAUUUAUGACGUUGAUUUUUAAUACUUACCAAAUAUUAUUUAAUAAUUGUAUUAUUGUAUUUGUAUAUAACAGUCUCAAACAACACAUUAGUUAGAUUAUGAGAUUAAAAGUUAUAUUAGUUUGUUGUGUGAAUAUAUGUCGGUUAUACUAACAAUAAAAGUAUUUCUGUCAUCGUUCAUUUCGCUGUUAGGAAUUUCAGUGGUUACCGUAUACUUAACUGAGUUUUAGUUUAUAAAGUUCAGUCAGACGUUUAAGAUCGAGAAAUCAGUUUUUUAUGUUACUUUGUUUCAGUUUCAGUCAGUCAUCUACAAAGUAGGACCAGGCAAAUAUAUUCAUAGGUUCACGUUGCCGUACCUCAUUAGCAGAACAAGAUGAUCACCAAAUUCAUAGAAGCAGUUACUUCAAUAAUAGUAAGAAAAGACUUCAUAUAAGGAUAUGAUACAGGGAGGAAAAUUUAGUUCGUAGGAAUAAAGGCAUGAAAUGAUUUUAAUCUCACGGUUUAAGGAAAGACAAAGAGUGUAUACACCUACGCUAUUGCUAUCGAUUCUGAACCAUAUCUCCCAGAGUCUCCAACCAUUGGUUACGAUACUCAUGCGGACCCCAACCAAGUAAUCUGUAUCUACCAACAUGGCUCAAACUAGAAGUUAACGACUUUAUGGACUGAUGCUACGUUUUGCUUUGGCCGCCCCUAAAUUUCUUCCAUCCAUCUGCAAUACUGGUCAGGAUUGCACACCGUAGUAAUCUGUGUUCAGGCAUGUGUAACACGUGGCCCAACCAUCUCAGUCGAUGUAGAUUCACAACCUCAUCAACUGAUUUACCAUCAUUCCCUAAUACUCGCGUCUAAUCUCACUGUUAUUUAUCCGGUGAUCCCAACAGAUGUGAGCAAUAUUUCUAGAACAUUUAUGACCAAACUUAAUAAUGUAGUUUUUAGCGAUGUGUUUAACACCGAAGGAUUUUAAAAUUCAUGGUCCAACCGUUCAAAAAUCCCAAUUUUAUUAUAACAAAAAAGUAUAUGAACGAAUAAUAUUUGUUUCAUUAAUUCAUAACUAGAUUUAUAUAUUUAUCAGUUUGUAGGUGUCAUUACCAGGGUUUGACUUGAUAAUUUCGAAUCUAAUGUAUAGUAAUCUACGGUGAAACAUCAAGGAACUGAUGAACAUUUAGGGCUUUUUCAAUAUAAAGUAGAUGUAUGUGAUCGUAAACCAUUACAAAUAUUUGGUUACGUCGUGUGUAUAAUAUCGAAUGAAGAAGAUAUAUACGGAAUUCAUGUCAGAUUGUUAGAAAUAGUCAAAAGGGAGACAUUACUCAACUUAGGUUUCUCACUAAUUGACAGUUUAUUGCAAGAUAUAAUCAGAAUUUUCAUGAAAUUCUACUAAGACCAAGUUAACAUGACCUUGACCACUUCUCAAUAUUCAUUAAACUCUAAUUACCUCAACCGUAUGAGAAAUUAAUCCCUACACGAAGAGCUUAAUGAUAACGUCUUAGAUUCAUUUAUCAGUUCAUUGAAUGUGAUCUAUACCACUUCUGACUUAAAUGUUUGAUUAUAUGUGUAAUCAUCUAUAACAGAUACUCACUAGCUAUUCAUGUAUAUAUAUAUAUAUGUUCAUACAUAAUUCAUUUCAUUUAUAUUAUAUUCUGUUUUCGGUCGCUUAUCUAAUUACAAAGGAUGAUAUGCCAGGAAUACGUAAACGUAUGAUAUAUGAAAUAUUGACACAACAAUUAAUAACUACAAAUUUCAAAUUAAUUGAUGAUGAUAAAUAAAUAAAGAAAGAAAGAAAAAACAAGAUGUUUUUGUUUUAAAUAGAGAUCCUUUUUUCUGCAAUCGUUGUUCUUUUCUUUUUUCUUUCUUUUUCUUCUCUCUGUUGUAUUGUAUUGUAUGUAUGUAUGUAUGUCUUCUGUGUCUUUGUUUUCCCCUUACCAAUCUGUACACAAUACCUUUUAUUUAUAAAAGAGUUUAAAAACUUUAUUUUUGUUUAAAAAAAUAUAUUCAUAAUAUUCUAUUUCUAUUUAACUGAAUAGAAAGAAUUUCGAUUGUUUCUAUGGAGUUUUGCCUACUUGACUAUUGCAUAUUGUUGUAACUCAUCAAGUUACAUGUCUAUCUAUACGAGUUUGAGCCAGGUUUAUUUUUUUUAAUGUAUUUGUUUAGGUGAUAGUGAUAAUACUCAGUUAUCUAAACUAAAUCACGUGAAUCUGGAUUGAAAUUUACGAGUUUCUAGUUGACAUUCGAUUGUUUCAAUCACUAAAUCAUCCCUUAAUGAAUUCAGGACUCUUUUGAGGUUAACGUGUCUUGUCUAUUAAUUACUUAUGUUAGUAUCUUGAAUUUUUGUGUUUAUGAUUUGUUGAACAUUUAUUCUUAAGUGGUAGAGUAUUAUAACCGCAAUAGUUACUUUGUUAAGAUUCGCAACAUUUGGAGGAUUUUGGGGGAUGAAAUCAAUGUAGGGUUUUUUUCGAAUCCAGCGAUUGCAAUUUUCGUUAAUUUUUUGGAUAGGUCAUGAAAACCCUAUUGAAACUAACCAGUUAGUUUAAACAACUGAGAUAAGUAACUUUCUUUGAUCGUUAAUGAAUGAAUUCUCGUUGAAUUUCCUCAAAUUUCUUUAUCUAAUCAUGUCCAGUGAAGCUUGAAAGCAUUCAAAUAGUCGUCAGUAAAUUAAUUAUAAUUCUUAAGCCAUCAAGGGCUAAAAAUCUUAAUCAAAUAGUUUACCAAUAACGUUUUAUGAUCAGAAUCUACUGAGGCUCCAUAUUCAUUGUAACGAUUCAGGCAAGAAAAGAUGCACAUUUGGUAAAUGUUAUUGCUGAGACCAUAAUUUAUGGACGACUUUAGUGACCUUGAGAAUGUCCAUCUACCUACUAGGACUAAAUGAGGAUUAUAAAGCAAUUUGAAGGACGAGGUUUAUGAUUUAUAGUUGAUGGUUAUGGUUAAGAAUUAGAUAUAUGGUUUUUCAUCACCGACUUCAGCUAAAAUGCUAACGGGUGAAUGAAUUUCGAACAGAAUAUCUAUUUCAUUCGGUUCUCAUUAGCUGCUUUUCACUUGUAAUAUUAAAAAUCAAAAUUACAAAGUGGAUUGAAAUAUUUACGAAUUAAAUGUACAUAAUGGUUCUUAAAUUGCAGAUUUAGAUGUCAGGGAGAGAAUAAGUUAACUUACUUAAAACAAAGUUAUUAUUCUUAGGAAAACUGGCUAAUUCACUAUGUACAUGCUUUUCGAAACGUUUCGUUUCGAUUAUUUCGUAUUACAUUUAGACGACUAGUUACUUCUCUCAUCGUCAAUUUCUUUUCUUGUCACAAUCAUUAUCUUUUUUUCUGUUGAUAUUUACUUACUGUAUUGUUAGCCAAUAGUGACCAAUCUAAGUCAUAUAAUUAGUAGUUGAUAUAAGAUGGUGGUUGGAGGUGAUCAACAGGGUUUCGUGCUAUUUGGUACUCGUCAGCAAGGUAUACCUGUAAUGUUGAUGUGACUGAUACUCCCUAAAGAACCUGGCACAUGGCAGUGAUCAAUCGAUGGUGAAUUAUUAAUCGGUUGUCAUAAAUCCACUUUUAGAAGGAACUUUUUUUGUCUCUUAUGCACAGAUACUUAUGGAUUUAGAGUAUACAGAUAACAUAGUUAUGAUUAGUGAAAGCUCUAACCUUAAUACAGAUUCUUCUGAAUGGCGUGGCUCCUGGUGUAAAAAUGUUUGGGACUCAUUAUCUAAAAAAAAAACUUUGCUUCAGUGCUCAGUAGGAUGUUAGGAACUGGAGUAAUUCAAAACUUAUACUAACAUUCUUAUCAAUUUUGAUAUGUUGGUUGGCAACAUGCACAUAUGCCAACAUGAGACUGAUCAAUUGCAGUCUUAAACAUAAAUAGGAAGAUUCAGGCAAACAAUACCAAGUGGAUUUGUCAUAACUGAUGUUUGUUACGUAUUCGAAAGAAUCAGUAACAUUGCGUAAUGAACUCAAUAAUAAAUUAGUAAGCCACCGAUAUGACUCCUGCUUCUUUGUCUUUGUUUAUUCAAACAAUAAUGAUAAUAACAUUGAAACCAGGAACCGAUUUAAGUUAGGCAACCAUUGAAAAGUGGAUGUCAAUUUCAUGCUGAUAUGAGAUUCCUCAGAAGUGCGUAUUCACAACCGGUAGUCGGAACCAGAACCCUUGUUCGUGAUCUCAAUGUAAUUCAAAAGUCUCCAUACUGACGAUAAUAUUAAUGGGCUUCACAUACAUUUUAUGAUCGGUAGCCGGUAACACUAGUCCUUAAUCCGCUAUACGUUAAACCCUAUGAUUUUCAUUAUGAUUCAUAGAAAAUAUAGAAUAAUGGUUAUAGCGAAACGCACAUGUGAGUUAUGAAUCUAAAAAUAAAUAUCCAACUUUACUUUGUGUAUUCACCAUCGAGUUUAUUCACCCUGAUUAAUUGGUUUCGUAUAAUCGAAUCUAUGUAUAGGCUGUAAUUUACUUUGAUUCAGUUCAGAAAAUAAAAUGACAUUUAGUUUGGUGAGUUUACAUAAAAUGUAUAUUGCUAGAAUAGAAUUAUUUUAGAAGAAGAUUGUUAGUUAAAGACGUUCUAGGAUUAUUCAAUUGAGUUAUACAUUAGUGUGUUAAGUUCUUAAUCGAAGAUUUUAGUUUUACCUCUGAAUAUUCACUGUUUUUCUCUUCGAACUAUAUCAUGGUUACCAUCAUGUGAUUUCCUCUGAACAUAUUGAUCAAUAAAAUAACUACUCGGACUGACUAUCAUUUGUACUAAGUUCAAAAUUGAGAUGAUGGAGAAGAUUUGUAGCUCAUGUGGAUGAUUUUGAUUGAUUUUUGUUCUCUGACUAAACCAUACAGCUCAGAGAACAAAAAUUCAUCAAAAUAAGUUCAAUAUUGUUUCUGAUAGAUAUUGUCUGUUGCCACGGCAACUUUCUUUCAUUGACCCAUGUCAUAUUAUUGAACGAUAGUUCAUUUAUAAAGCUAGCCCAUAUUUACUUACAAGUUAAAAUUAAAAUAAUAAAAAAACUUCAUUUAGAUAUUACACUUAUAAUCAUCAUUCAUUACUUUAGUAUUACAUUGACUUUCAGAUAAUUAUUUAAUACAAUACCUAUUCUAAAAGUAAUAACAAAUGAAGUGGUCGACGAACCUUUUAUUUUUUCUUCUUUACAACAUGUAAUGUAAACAUUCAAUCAUGAAGUUUACUUCUUCCCAGGUGUUUGGUGUGUAGUAUUUCCAUUCAACUUCACGGUAGUUGUAGGUGUAAUCGUCGUCAUUUCAACUGUUGUUGAAUUUGUAUUAUGUGAAGUAACAUUUACUGUUGAAUUGGAGGUAUUCUUAAGAUGUUUCAUAAUAUUAUCUAAAUGGCUACGACUAUGUAAAUGAAUAAUUAUGACUCUUGAUCUUGAAUUAUUUCUAUUUAUAGUAUGAUUAUGAUGUAAAGUGAUUGUAGUAUUAGGAGUAACAGGUAAAUGUGGUCGACUUAUUAUCACUCGUCUAUUUGGUAUACUCAAUAAUUCACAUACAAAAUAUUUUGUUUCAGUACAGUAAUGUACACCCCAUUUACCACUAGCAUAAUCUAUUGAUAGACAAGCAAUAUCAUUUGCUUUUAAAUUUUCCAAUACAGGACUAUGAUGAUGUAGAAAACGUAAAGUUACAGGUGUAUGAUCUGUCCACGUUUGUAUUACAUGUCUAUGUUGACCAUUGAAUUCAUGCACAAUUAAUUUGAUCAAUCCACCAAUCCAAAAUUGUCUUGCUUCUGUGGAUAAAACCCAACCCAUUAUUACAUGUAUCAUAGAUGAGCUAUGAAUUGAUACUAAAUCACCGUACACAAUAUUUCUUGAUUGAUUGGGAUGCUUAGUAUUCAAUGUUGUAUUUAUAUAGUCAUUUAAAGAAACAUUAUGUUUUGUAGCAUUCUGAAUUAAUGUCUCAUUAAUAAGUUGGAUAUUUCCAGACAACUUUUGACAAAAUCUCAUUGCAUCAAAAUGACUAAGACGUGCAUCAUUACCGCCAUGAACAUACACAAGUGUUAAAUAUGAGCUAACAUGUUUUACUGAUAUCUUCCAACUACUUGUGAGUAGUAAAUUCCAAAUUAAUAAAAGAAUAAGCGAUAUUAUUCGUGAUAACUUUUUCAUUGCAUAAAAUAUUCUAUCCUUUUUUCAAAGUACACAUGUAUUUAUACAAUAGCUAACCAAUUAAUUAUAGAGUACAUUGUAAUCUAUAAAUAAGGUUGAUUAUUCAAUGUUUACUUAUAGAAUAAUUCUCAUUUAGACAGAAUUAGUGCAUUCAAUUAUUGAUGUGUACACCGAAUAUUAUAUUUUCGUACUCAGUUUACUAUUCCCAUACAUACCAUCUUUUUCAUAUUCACUAUGGUUUGUUUAAACACACUAAGUCAUUGCACUUGAAAGCCUGCUGAGGAAUGAUUACUUUUCAAAGUAAUAUUCGUGUAA